GACCUUGUUUUCUGUGAUCACAGCAGGGAGAGCCCAGGGCCCGAGGUGGGCGAGAAGCACCCCAGGCCUGUCCCACUCCCGAGUGGGAGCACCUGCCAAAGGCCUGGCCCAGGCUGCCGUGGGGAGCCAUGGGGUCUGGCCUCCAAGGGGACUGGUUGGUGAACUGGACCCUGCCACCCACCACAGCUGCCCACUGCUGGCCUGGGAAUGCAGGGCAGGAAGCAACUCCACACAGACCCAGCCUGCAAGCCCACCCAGCCCAGCCGGAGGACACCUCGCCCAGGGCCAGAGCCGAGCCUACACUGCUCCCAGCUGCACCUCCCACCCCCCAAAGGCUGGCAGAGUGUGCCUGGUGAAGCCAGCUCCCCAGGGUCAGCCCAGCCCCCCAGGAGGGCGGGCAGAGGGUGGGGGCGGUGCCCGGGCCUGGCCCAGGUGGCGGGAUGGGCGGGGCACCUGCCCAGGCUUUGCCUGGCUCGCUCGCCCAUCACUCGUCCUCGCCAUCCCGUGGCCCUCGUCAUCUCUGUCCUCGCGGUCGCCGUCCAAGGACACUGCCCCUCCCCUCUCCAACCCAGAGGCCCAGCCAAGCCCCAGGCUGGCCACUUCUGAAGCCCCCGACGCCAUGGAGGAGUGGGACGUGCCCCAGAUGAAGAAGGAAGUCGAGAGCCUCAAGUACCAGUUGGCUUUCAAGAGGGAGAUGUCGUCUAAGACCAUCCCUGAGCUCCUCAAGUGGAUCGAGGAAGGGAUUCCCAAGGACCCCUUCCUGAACCCCGACCUGAUGAAGAACAACCCAUGGGUGGAGAGGGGCAAGUGCGCCAUCCUGUGAGCCCCCGCGGCCCAGACUCACGCCUCCCUGUAAAGUGGACGCCUCUGUAAAGGUGUGAGUUUUAUAAAGACUUUGCGAGAA